AAUUAUUUCUUUGGCCCUUUGGUGGAUCUUCCAACAUCUACAAAUUUGUUAUGAAUAUAAAGUUGUAAAAUAUUUUUGUUUGUGAAUGGGGCUAGACACUGGCAAUUCAUUUUCUUCAUUGCAACUUUUUUUUUUUUAUUUCCAAUCUUUUAUUUGGGCGAAUUAUUAGUUUUUUUGCCUUGCUAUCCAGCACCUUGAUUUUUCUACUCUGUACUCGCUAAAACUUGUAAAUGCUUCUUGAAAUAUGAUAUUCAUAUUUUGCUCUCUUUUGAUAUUGGUGAAAGAUGUCUUGCAAGAACCCGUGUCUAUUUUCCUUAACCAAGAAGGUGCACAAAGAGGAGCAAAAGCACGAUCUUUUCAUAAUCAUAAGCCCACUUAUGAUGUUACGAGCAAGGGUUUGGUUGAUGGUUCUUUUGAUUUGACAUUGUUUAGUGAAAAGAGGUUCAUGUGGUUUGAUAACAUUGGUGGGGGAUUAGACACUGCUUUUCAGAACUUGUUACUUAAGAAAACAUCAGUAUUGGAUAUUAUUCCUUUACAUCGGAAAGAAAUUAAAAGCAUAUUUAGGCCAUGUCGUGAUUCCUAGCUUACACUUUGCCUGAAAGGAUGGAAAGCUGUUUGGCAUAUGAUUGAAAAAAUAUAUACCACCGCAGUUGACUAUGGUAAUCUUUUGAAGGAAGAGAAAAAGGGUCAAGGGAAGAGAAGAGCUUUGUCUGAGCUUCUUAAGCUUUUAGAAAGCAAUGGAUUGUCUCGACACAAAUCAGCUUAUACAGGAGACCAGCAUAAAACUUGGUGGUUCCUUCAGCUUUAUGAGAACAUAUCAUAUUUACUCCCAACCAGCAGUAGAUUAGAGUGUGUAACCCCAGGAAUUCCUGAAGUUGAAAAUAAGAGUAUUGAAGAAGAAAGUUUGCUUAUGGAGUGGAAAACUGCCACUGAUUAUUACUACAAGAGUGUUGUGUCCGUGCUGCUUAUGCAGCAGAUGUGCCUCAAUCCACAUAAAGAUAUAACUUUUCAACAGGUUGACAGUUCUAGUUCUUUCCUCAAUCAACUUAUCCAGAUACAACAGAAGCAACUGACUGCUGCCAGUGCAUUCAACAAACAAUUGAAAUGCUUUAGAGAACGUGUUUUUACUCUGGGGAAAUUGUUUUCAAUUUCCUUCACCGAUAAUGAAAAAAAUUAUAUUUGUUCUAUUAUUCCCAAACAGGAUGCUACUUAUAAGUGCAUGUGGCAACAAAAACAAUUGUUUGAUACUCUUUAUGCUACAUCACAAGAAGAAUUGCUUUUACUGAGAAUAUUAGAAAGUAGCCUUUAAACACUUGCAACAGAGCCAGACCCUUAGUCAGUCGGAUGAUUGCUUUCAUUGAAGAAUUUUUACCGUCGUUCAGUAAAUCAAAGGUGCAUAUGUUGGUUAUCUGCUGUAGAUUUCUUUGAAUUUGCAGAAAUACCUACUCUCUUCUGAUUCAUGAAAACAUGAUUACAGGAAUCAUUGGAUUGUUACCUAAUUGGGAGGUCCAAAGCUGUGACUGCACUGACUUCUUCCUUGCAUCCUUGCAUUGUUACUCAAGAAAUGAAGNUGCUGGUUUCUGAAAACUUCAACACCAUUUGGGAUUUUAAGGGUCGUUUUCUUGAACUACAGGUGCAAGAUUUUCAAGAGCAAGAUUCGGAUAGGAGUACAGUUAGAGAAGUUCUGAUCUAACAUUUUCUAGAAAUAAUUGACAAGGUACUUGGUAUUUUGACUUGUCCUUGUCAAAACCUAGUAUUUUGAAAUUGAAAAUUGGGGAAUAAAAAGAUUUUUUCUUCAGGCAAAAUUAAUCGAGGAUGAGUUUACAACAGCAAGACGAAAAUUUUGGUAAAAAAAUCUAUCUGGAGAUAUAUUGAUAGGAGAUUAUUAGUGUAUGAGAGGAGAAGGAAACGUUAGUUCUUGACAAGCAGGGGCGGGAAUUGGUUGUAUAAACAGAAGAGCAUUAGUUGUAGAAGCUAUUUUUUGUCAUUUGGUAUAUUCUGAACAGGACUGUUAUGCAUGUUGGGGGAGGUUAGGCUCCCAUCAUUGCUUCUAUUCUUGUAUUCUUCUACUCUCUAAUAAUACUAGAGAGGUUUCCACAGAGUUCAUGUAUCAUUUCUGUGAGAGUUAGAGUGAGUCUCGAUUAGGUUUCUUGGUGGGAAACCUAUCAAUUUGGUCCCACUUGCCGGAUCUAAAUUGGGUGAGACGCGACACGAAAAAUGGAAGCAAGAUUGGAGGCUAUUGAGAUCACAAUGGAGAGAAUGAAGGCUGAGUCGGCGACUGUACGGAGAGACCUACAACAAAUCAUGAAGGUUUUGGAUACACGCGUCAACCAAACGGAGGGUAGUUCGGAUGACAGUUC